CCAGACUUUGCUAAUACAAUCCAUCACUACUCGGCGCGCCGAACCAUUAUGCCGCUCACUUCCAUUACCAUUAUCAUCGCUCCCUACCAUGUAGGACUUUACGACCACCGUGUUGGCGGCGGCCCUCUCCGCAUCAUGUCCCACGGUAUCGAUAAAGAGCUCUCCAAAUUGGCGCCUGUAUCCUUCAUCAACAUUGGCCCCGUUGACGAAUUCGAGGGUGAGAUUGGUCGAACAUUUGAGAUCCUCCGCCGUAUUUCGAACGCCGUGUCUAAAGCCGUCUCAAAUAACUCGUUCCCCUUGGUUCUUUCCGGAAACUGCUACGCCAGCACGGCGACAAUGGCUGGCCUUAACCAAGCAAGACCUACCUCAUCCACCGCUAAGACUGGGGUAUUAUGGCUCGACGCCCACGACGACCUUGAUACUCCCUCAACGCACGAAAAUGGCUAUCUCGAUGCCAUGGCCGCUUCGAUGAUGACCGGCACCAGCUGGCAUACUUUGAUGAAGACUGUGCCCGGUCACCAACCCGUUGAUGUGAAACUCAUGAUAUAUUGUGGGCUGCGAGACGUUUCGGACAUUCAACGCAAAACAGUCAAAGAUGCUGGAGUUGAUGUCAUUUGGGGUGAUGCGAAUAAGAAGGUGGAUUUUACAUCUGCUCUGGCUGAGACUUUAGACAGAAGGGAUGACAUUCAGGAAGCACAUAUCCACUUCGACUUGGAUGUUCUCGAUGACUCUCUGGGCCGUGUUAAUGAGUUCCCGUCGCCUGGCGGCUUUCUACCCAAGGAUGUUAUGGGUUUGAUGGAUAUGAUACCCACCAAGAUUAACCCAACUUCGCUAGUCGUUUGCUCCUUUAAUCCGCGUUUAGAAGGAGGAGAUACAGUAGCCAGGCUUGCUUGCCAGGCUAUUUAUCGACUUGUUAGUGGCUUACAGGAGAAGGGCGUCGGAACCCCGGAUCAGCAUAAGCAACGUCGUGAGCCUCAGCAACUCGACCAAAAGUCGUGGUAUUCGAUCGAUAAACAUGCCUUAUUCUCGCUCGCUGCCUCUCGCAAAGCGCUUCAUCCCAUUGCAGAGGAUAUCCUGUACCAUGACUUUGCACCCGGUUAUGGCGACUCUGAACUGUCCGAGCUUUAUACCUAUGGCCACAGACUGAACCAAUUCAUGCGCACCGUUGGAAGACGCAAAGACCUCGCUGAGAAGGUCCGCAUAUCUUCGUUCAUCCAAAACACUCCAACCCGGAUGUGA